UUAAUUAAAAAACAUGCCACAGAUAAUCAAGACCUCCAAACACAUGAAUUGAAUGCACGAUAAUUUUUCAAAAGGCACACGUAAAUUGGUAUCAGACUCACUGAUAAAAUGAUCCAUCGGUGACGUUUUGAGCCGGGUUUCCGAAGGACAAUGGAGGAAUUUUGAAUUAUCUAUGAUGAAAACAAACAAAAAUGACUGGAUUUAUGAAUCAAUUCAGGAUUUGAUUAUCUAGGAGAUUCAAUUAUUUCAGAUUAAGGGCAAAAAGUUUACGCAGACGCACUUUGAAAAAUGAGGCAUAUGUAAAUAAAGAGUUUGAUUGAAAUUUGGUAUAUAUACGGGAGUUAUGGGGUGUGUGUUAAAUACAAACACUGUUCGCAUUGGACACAAGGACAAGUAUUCACAACAAGACAAGCAUUAACAUGGUUAUCCUUCUGUUCCUUGUUCUCGUCCCCGCCGUCAUGGGGCACGGCUACCUACAGGAACCGCCUUCCCGCUCCAGCAUGUGGAGAUUGGGGUUCAGCACGCCACGUAACUACAACGACAAUCAACUCUUCUGCGGAGGAUUCGCUAGGCAGUGGGAUAGAAAUGGCGGGAAAUGCGGAGUCUGUGGAGAUCCCUGGGAUGGCGUUCGUGAAAACGAGGCUGGUGGACGCUAUGCAAAAGGAAUAAUAAGUAGGAGAUACACGGAAGGACAGAUCAUUGAUGUUAAAGUCAAAAUUACCGCCUCUCAUUUGGGAUAUUUUGAAUUCCGUUUAUGUCCGAACAACAAUGUCCAUAAACCCGCCACACAGGCCUGCCUAAACCAAUACGUUCUCCAUCAGCCGUCGGGGAGUGUUCGAUUUAUGGAACAAGGACGUCCUCAGGUCUACUCACUAAAACUGAAACUUCCCACCGGACUGACGUGUUCACAGUGUGUUCUACAGUGGAAAUACAACACUGGCAACAGUUAUGGCAUGUCCCCAGACGGACGAGCGUGUAAAGGAUGUGGCAAACAGGAACAGUUUUACGGCUGCGCAGACAUAGCCAUCGGCCACGACCCCAAUGGAUCUCAGCAAAAUGGAAGAUUUCGUCCAAGUGCGACACAAAACGUUGAAUCUCGCCCACAGGUGAUUCCGACAUUUAUCAACGGCAGCGCAAAGUGUAGUGCCACCCCAGCCUUCAGGUUUAUGAAUAACUUUGCCGACAGUUGGUGCAGGUCGAACUGCCGUCAAGGCUACUGCCCCUCAGCGUAUUGUACCUCGACGUGCCAGAGACUUAGGGUUUAUGCUACAUCUAAUGCUUGCAAUUGGCUUCAAAAAGCUCAUGAACCUUUUUCUUUAACUCCUUCUCUACCGUACCGGUCAAUUUGACCGGUGGCGCGUAAAAACAGGGCAACGCAAAAGGAGUGCCUCUAAAUCUUUGAAACUACGGUCAUAAGAUAUAUGAUCUAUAUAUCAUAUUUUUGGAAAUUUCCUCUAUUUUUUGACUAUGUAAAAAUCAAUAAAGUAAGUAAAGCUAUUAAAUUAAAAAAAGCAUUUAAAGUGAAGGAUGACUUCGUCUAAAUAUGACGCAACGCUUUUUCACAAGGUCAUUUUCCCCCUCGAUAUGAUUUUUUUUAUCUUCCUUAUGAAUUCACUAUUUUUUAUAUUUUGGAAAAGCAUAUAUUCCCUGGUUUUAGAAGAUAUAAAAAUUAUUUUAAUGCCUGGCAAAGUUAUAAGAAAAUAGCAAUUUUUUGCACAUGAUAGUUUUCUUACGAUUUUAUUUCUCAAUGUUUAAACAUAAUGGCGUUUUACCUAUAUUUAUAUAUGGAAAUAGGGAAAAGUAAAUACAGCCUGUAAAAGUAGAGGAAAUUUCCACUUUGAUGGGCUCUUAUUCGUGUUAUAAUUCUCGGUAGUUUUUAUAUUACGAUAAAAUGAAAUUGGGACAUGCUGCGCGGUUUUCUUUAAAAUUAGCGAUAAAACGUCGUCGCUAAAAGCGAUCGACGCGCGUCGCACAAUAAAGUGGUGAAAACUAUAAAAUUUGUAUUGUCCUCUUUUAGUAAAUUCAGUACCUUUUGAUACACUAAAACAACAUACACAUAUGUAUGAAAUAAUCAGUCAGGUAUUCUCUGCUUUUUAAAAAAAGCAUAAAACGAAUAUUGGUUACACAACCUACAUGCAACUUCAUAAAACACCUAUAGGAAUGUUACAUCGGCAGAGUAAAUUUAAAAUAAAAGAUAAAUAAAAUACUUCAAUUUCAGAUAUAAACGUUAUAUUUGUUCGGAAUAGGAAUAAUUUUCCCCCUGCCAAACAAAUAAAACUAAAAAUAAGUUCGCAUAUAGCCUAUAGGCCUAUGGUUUUAUUUUUCCGUGAUCGGGAUCGCGGGCCCCGCGGGGUUUUCUGAAAGUGUGCACGGGGAACACACGUGUUUCCGUUUCAACGAAAACAACACAGCUUCACUGUAACAGCGAAGGCUUGUAUUUUACAUCUUUAAAGCGACCUGAUGUCAGAAGAAGAUGCCCUGGAAUUUCUGUUGCAGGAUGACCCAAACGAUCAUGCAUUCAGUAUAAACAUGUACAUGUAAGUUCAUGUAGCCUAGAAUUUUAUUUUUUUAGUUUUGUUAUGUUAUGAAAAAUUCACGAUUAAUCAACGCGAUUUAAUUUAUUAAUCUAUUUCUUGUUUAUGUAAGUGUUCAUAUACAUGGUAUAUUAUGUUAUGUUAUUUUUCACUUGUUUUUAUAUAUUUUUACACUUUUUAAUUUUUUUGUAAUAAAAUGAUGAUAUUUCAUA